AAAGAAGGGAACCGAGUCAGUGACUGCGCAGUUCCAGGGAAACAGUUACAGGCGUUGUCGUCGUGGUUGAACAAGAUAUCUGCAAAAUGAGGGAAAUUGUGCAUCUUCAGGCCGGCCAGUGCGGAAACCAGAUUGGUGCCAAGUUCUGGGAGGUCAUUAGCGACGAGCAUGGUAUCGACCCAACUGGUACCUACCAUGGAGACAGUGACCUGCAGCUGGACAGGAUCAACGUCUACUACAAUGAAGCUUCUGGUGGAAAGUAUGUGCCCCGUGCUGUGCUUGUGGAUCUGGAGCCAGGUACAAUGGACUCUGUGAGGUCUGGACCUUUUGGGCAGAUUUUCAGGCCUGACAACUUUGUUUUCGGUCAGAGUGGUGCUGGCAACAACUGGGCCAAGGGCCACUACACAGAAGGCGCAGAGCUGGUGGACUCUGUCCUGGACGUGGUCAGGAAGGAGGCCGAAAGCUGCGACUGCCUGCAGGGAUUCCAGCUCACGCACUCCCUUGGCGGUGGCACGGGCUCUGGCAUGGGUACUCUCCUGAUCAGCAAGAUCCGGGAGGAGUACCCUGACCGCAUCAUGAACACCUUCAGCGUAGUUCCAUCCCCUAAAGUGUCCGACACCGUCGUUGAGCCCUACAACGCCACUCUGUCAGUCCAUCAGCUUGUAGAGAACACAGACGAGACCUUUUGCAUCGACAACGAGGCUUUGUACGACAUCUGUUUCCGUACGCUCAAACUCACAACUCCCUCGUACGGCGACCUCAACCAUUUGGUCUCGGCCACGAUGAGUGGCGUCACGACCUGCCUGAGGUUCCCUGGGCAGCUCAAUGCUGACCUGCGUAAGCUGGCUGUGAACAUGGUGCCAUUCCCACGUCUGCACUUCUUCAUGCCAGGCUUUGCCCCCCUCACCAGCCGAGGCAGCCAGCAGUACCGCUCCCUCACUGUGCCAGAGCUCACUCAGCAGAUGUUCGACGCUAAGAACAUGAUGGCUGCCUGUGACCCGCGCCACGGCCGCUACCUGACCGUGGCGGCCAUCUUCCGGGGCCGCAUGUCCAUGAAGGAGGUGGACGAGCAGAUGCUCAACGUGCAGAACAAAAAUAGCAGCUACUUUGUCGAGUGGAUCCCGAAUAAUGUCAAGACCGCAGUCUGUGACAUUCCUCCCCGUGGGCUCAAGAUGGCCGCCACGUUCAUUGGCAACAGCACGGCCAUCCAGGAGCUGUUCAAACGUAUCUCCGAGCAGUUCACCGCCAUGUUCAGGCGCAAGGCUUUCCUCCACUGGUACACCGGGGAGGGUAUGGAUGAAAUGGAGUUCACUGAGGCAGAGAGCAACAUGAAUGAUCUGGUGUCAGAGUACCAGCAAUACCAGGAUGCCACUGCUGAGGAGGAGGGCGAGUUUGAGGAAGAGGGCGAGGAAGAUUUGGCUUAACUUUUCCUGUUGAUGUUGUCUGUCCUGUUCUGAGUUGUGACCUGUUGCAUUUUUUUCAGUGUUCUGAAUAAAGAAGUUCUCGAAGAAUU